AUGCCAAAAUGGGGAAAAGAAGAAGAAAACUUGAAGGUUGAAGUUGUUCUGGCAUCAUCAAGCACCAUUGGAAGUAACAUACCAUCACCAUCUACAACAAACAACCCUCCUCCUCCUCCUCCUAGGAGGAGAGCCGGUCGUCCCCCGCUUCAUCCAUCAUCAACAAACAACCAUCGUGAACAAGAAUACAUACCUAUCGCGAACGUGAUUCGUGUGAUGCGACAAGUCCUCCCUUCAAAUGGCCAAAUAACCGAUGAAGCCAAAGAAACAAUUCAAGAGUGUAUCUCCAAGUUUAUCAACUACGUAUCGAAGGAGGCCAACGAGAUACGUAAGGUGGAACAACGUAAGGUGAUCUCGGCUAAUGACUUAGUAGCAGCCAUGUCUAGGCUAAAACUUGGCCACUACGCCGAGCCCCUCUUGACUUACUUGAAUAGGUACCGCGAGGUGGAGGGUACGGAUGAUUUUAUCCAAGCCCUAAGAAUGAGGUUGUUUAGGCCUAUCGCUGUUAGGCCCGGUGUCGCGAUAGUCCCGCCACCUGUCAUGGCGGAUCCCUAUUUUAACCCUCAUGAAGGAGUGGGCAUUGGUGGUGAUGGUGGUGGUCGUGACGGAGGUGUUGGCCAAGGCCACGGCAUAUGUUGA